GCCCACCGCAUACAAGGUUUGCCUACACGGUCCUACCUACAGACUGCGUCGGGCUUGGCUGCGAACACAAAAACAGUUAAUUGCCUGCUCCCUGGAUGCCAUAUCUUGACUAUGUCGCAAGAAUUUGAGCGUCCGCUCUCGCAAGGAUCGCUUGCUCCCCCAGUCGAAAUUUUAGGGGCAAAUCUAUCCGCAUCACCGGACUUGAGUAUCAAAGCUGGAAGCCAAGCUUCGAACUCCGAUCAAAGCAAACUCCUCUCGCCCCCAUCACUACCUUCAUCAGACAUGACACCGCCCCCCUCAUCCCAGAUACCCGGAGCUCCCCUGCGGGAAUCAAGGUCUCAAUCAAGCUCAUGCCUCGAACCCCCGCUCAAUAUCGAGAAAACCCUCUGUGUGGCAUAUGGUGCUUCGGAGAACCUUCCAACUGCCGAUGAGAUUGAGAGUGCGGACGAAUUGAAGCUUCGCAUGAUCGCCAAAGACCUCCUAGGUGUAGCUCAGGAAGCCCGCAUGUCAGCGCUCCAUUUCAAAUUGCAAAACAGUCUGCUCUCAUUCACAAGUAACGAAGCGAUCAAGCGUGCAGAGGUUGAGCAUCAACUCGCGCGAAGGGAGGUUGAGAUUCUUCAGAGUUCGGAAUACCGCAGUCGCCAAUGCCAGCAUGAUAUAAAACCGAUGCAGACAGUUUCCAAUGAGAGGCUUGAGCUUUCUCUCAAGCGCAAUCAGGAACUCGAGAGGGUUAACGCUACCCUUGAUCGAAGGCUUCGCCGAGCAAAAAAGCUUAUCGAACAGGAGAGAAACACGUCCGAGCUUCUAGGAGAGGAAAAUAAAAUGUUGAAGGAGCGAAUCCGCGACAACCGAAGACACUUCUCUCGGAUGAUCGAGCAUGGAACAAUGUCGCCAAGUCCCCAGAACGAGGCCCACACUCCCCAUAGAGGGACAAUACCUCAGUUCGCUGACAACGCUGGUCAUCAUUUGAACGGAACUGAGAGACAUGACCCAUUUGAAGCUCUUCUAGCAGCUCACCGCGUCCUCAACCAAGAGUCGCCAGCUGUCGCCUCGACCCCCGAUAGACAACGCAAUCAUCGAGAGAAUGCGAGUCGCCACAUGCGCGGCGCUCACUCUUUGUCGUCUUUACCUAUGACUCCAUCCCAUCCUCGGUUGACGCACGGUAAGGGUCGAGUCUAUACUCCAGGGACAUAUUCUUUUGAUGAUCGUCGUGAUCGAGACAGUACCAUUUCGGCAUCUGACAUUGAAGAAGCCGAGACCGAGGAAGAUGUCCCCGCCGCAGGAACACGGGCUGUCUCCAGUAGCGUGCACCACCGCAGUCAUUUCAGCAACCAUCCAGAGAGUCGAGGCAUGGCAAGUGCUGCAAAGUCUAGUACGUUGCUGCAAACAAAACUGUUUGGGCAAGUGAGGAAGUCCGGCGUUGAUCGGCCCCCCAGUAAAAAUCUCAAACGCAAAGCAAGUUUUGAUGGUGCGACCCCGAAGAGAUCAAAAGCGGAGGAGAGGGUGGGUCUCGGUAUUGGCACCUGGAACAACUAGACCAAGCAGUACCCGUGCACAACGGCAAAGCGUUGCUGUUUCUACCAAAUCUGAACCAUUAUCAGACAUAGUAUCCUGCCGUCAAUGGCAUGAGAGACGCUUUCCUAUGUCGACACGGAUGGUCUGAUCGCGUUAUACCUUGCUUUCUGCAUAUGAGCCUUUUUCCCAGGACAUGGAAAAGUGAUGAGUGAUGACAUUCAAAGAAACGAUGAAAAAGACCAGUCUUAU